UGCCUUUCCGACUGACUGUCAUUAAUCUUCCAUGUUACUUUGUCUACAAAUUCAACAUCAGUUUCCAGUACUCUCUGUCCUUCUGUUACAAGUCCAUCCGGAGCAAACACCACCCGAACCAUGUGAACCUGAAACCUCCGCUUUCAUCCACCCCAGCCGCAACAUUCCUGCUGCCAAUAUCCCAUUGAGAAUUGCCCAUUGCAUUCUUUCUACCAGUCAAUCUUUCUUCCCUCAACUCUCCUAUUUUCUCCUCAAUCAUUCAUCCGGACCAACACCGGGGGCAAAGAGAACAGCCACCAGCGUGGCCGACUCCAACCGACACACGCAGGGGUGCCCCGCCCAAUCACCGCGGCCUCGAAACCCCGAUGUGUCAUCCUCUCUUUACCCCACUUACGGGAAGGUUGUCUAGCCCUGCGUGAUUUUUUUCUUCGCCCCGUUGAGGGGGCACGUAGUGGUUUAUUUUUAUACUAAGCUCGAUCGCCGAU